GAUUCUAAAUAAAAAAAAAGAUGAUACAAUUCACUCACCAGUCAAUCUCUAAAUUCAAUUGAAUUGAGUUCAGUUAAUUGUUCCAAUUGUCGAUUCUUUUACUUUUCUCCCAAAUGUUAAUCGGGUUGCGCAGAUUCUGAGCCAGAUGAUCAGUCAACUAUUAUUUUCAUGUUUCCAUCUGAUUGUUUACUAAAUUUCUCCCUGAAAUCAACUGAAUAUUAACUCGAUUAACUAAUUGUUAGUCUUGUUGAUGUUUUUCAUGUCUUUCUAAACGUUGAUCAUUUAUCCUUGAUGAUGAAUUUACUUACAUCUUAUUACGUGGUUUUCAUUGUUAUUAUCAGUGGAAUUGUUGAUUAUAUUGAUUGUUACUCAGCUGGUGUCAAGUUGAAAGAUGUUGACAGUUUGGUCUUCAAGGCUGGUCAGUUUACCUUUAGUCGCAAGGGUGGACACUCUGAGCCUCAAUUAAAGUGUCUUGGUGGACCAGUUAAGUGUAAACAUCAACCUAAAUUGGUUAAAUGUUACAAUCAAGGAAUCAAAGGUUCAGGUGAUUCAUUUCGAAAUAUUAAUUGGCGAUGUGAAGCUGAUCUUGCUGAUGGUUAUUCAUUUGAUAAAAUCAAAGUUAAUUGUGAACCAUUUGACUAUUCAAAUGAUUUGGUUGUCAAAGGCUCUUGUGGCCUUGAAUAUGUUUUAGAUUUUGACAACGAUGAUGAUGAUGAUGAUGACGAUGAUAAAGACAAUGGUGACAAAAAGGAUCGUAUUAAAAGGCAAAAGAAUAUUGGAAAUUGGAUCACCUAUUUAAUCACCAGAAUUCCCAGAAAAUCAGCUGAGCUAUUUUUCCGAAAUAUCUUUUCAUUUGUCUUCUUCUCUGCAAUUGUUUACUUAUUUUUCUUUGGUUGGCCUACUCUUCCAAGAAGAAGACGAUCAUCAUCAUCAACCCCACCCUGGAAUCCUGAUGAAUCAACUCAAUCAAUACCCAAUAAUAGAUCGAGAUUCAAUCGACAAGAUCGUGAAGAAAGUAUUUGGGCAACAAUCAUCAAAGUGAUAUUGGAAUUUGCAUUUGAAAAACUAUUGAAAGCUUUCAUCAGAUGAACGGUCAAUUGUCCCUUCAAUUGGUCAGUUUGAAUGGACGAUUCUCAUAAAGUUAUCAAAGGUGAUUCGAUACUUGGAUUGUGAUAUUUUCUUGAAACCAAAAAGCCAAAAAGUUUCGACGAAAACCUUGGUUAGAACUUUAUUUUCUCAUCAAAUCGAAAUCAAAAAAGAAACCCAACCAACUUGAUUAACCCUCAGAUUAAUUGUUAUUGUAAUUUAAAAAUGUCCCUUUUAAUUUCCUGCAUCAAUACUGAUUGUAAAUGAUAAAUUGUAUCAUAAAAGACCUUAACUGUGAAUAUCCAAGGUUAAUUGUUACUUAAACUCAAACCAACUCAUCAUAAACCAGAUUAUCUAAAUAAGAAUAAUUAAAUUGUUACCCUGACAAUUGUCAACGACUUUGACAAUUACAAGAAGACAAAAACAAUUGGAACAAGAAAUCGGCGGAUUAGACAAGAAAUUAAACUUGGUGACAAUCUAUUAAUAGAUAAUCAAAAAUUAGAAUUCAAUUCUAUUGUAAUCGAUUGUAAUCAUCUUGAAGAUUAACUAACAAUUUGUUAACUAAUCAAAGGUCAAGCAUGCUCAUUGUUGAUGAUUGAUAAAUUGCUUUAGGCGCCUCUAAUCACAUUGAUGGCAAGUUAAUAAUUCACCAACAAUUACCCUUACAUGUUAAUCAAUCAAUUAACUUUUCUAUUGUUAAUUUAAUUACCUUUUCCAUUGUUAAUUACUCUGCCUUUCCAAUGGCCUACAGUGAACCCAAUGCCUGUGAACUUAAUUGUGCCCACGAUGAGUUGACCAGUUAUGGUUACGAAUCAGAACUUUUUGUCGAACCAAGUAAAACAAUCGAUUUUCUCUGUGUCAUUUGUCAACAUGUCGCUAAACGACCUAGGACCCAUUCCCAACUAGCCGAUGAUGUUACAUGUAAAGUGAUCUUUUGCUCCGAAUGUUUAAAAAGUUAUAUUCGCCAUCAUGACAAUUCCUUGACCACUUCGGAAACUCAACGAUAUGCUCUCUGUCCAUUUCGAUGUGGUGCUAAUUUAAUUAUUCGAGGAGUGAAUCGUAACAUUACAUCAAUUCCAAAAAUAGUCUUGAAUAAAUUGGCCUCAUUACAGAUGUUUUGUCCAUUCGCCCGAGGGACAGUUCGAUAUUCAAAGUUCGAGAAUCAUUUACAAAAUGGUCAAUGUGAAUGUCGAGGAUUCACUUUAAAUGAGAGAUUAUCAUUAGAGAAAAGAGUUGACUCCAUGUUGAAUAGGGUUUGUUCCGAACAAUAUGAGACCGAUGAACUAAUAUUAGUUCGUGACUUCGCCCGAUUCAUUUUAGAUUCACUUUAUCCGGAUUAAAGGAUAAUCUUUUCCAGGCCUAAUCCAUAACAUCUUCCAGAAUUAAUGUAAAAACCAAAGGUAACAGAAAAAAGAGGAAAAGGAAAUACAACAAAUCUAAUCUGAGUUUUUUUUUCUACAAAUUUUCUAACUCCUUAAUUACUUAAAUCUUUAUCUAAUUAAUAUAUCGUGAGAAUUUGAUUACAACUAUCUAAUCAUUGACUCGUUUUUUUUUCAUUCGCAUCAAUUUUUGUAACAUUAAUUCAAUUGAUUGAUUAGAUUGUCAAGACAAACUAAUAACGGUUUUCAUUUACUCAAUAAAAUCCAAAUUGCUAAUCAUUGAA